GUUUGCCGUCGUCUCUUCACCUUCACAAACCCUAAAGAAAACCUAAUCUUUCUCUCUCGAUUCGAUCUUUACCAUCUCCGAUGACGAAAAAGCUCAAUCCUUUGGAAGACCCACCAACCGCUUCUUCAAGCGAAGACGAAGACGUCGAGACUUCAGAAGCUGGUGAAGCUUCAGAUGACUCUUCUUCAUCUGAAGAAGACGAAUCCUCCAAAAUCCCAAUCAAAUCCCUUGCCUCCAAAUCCACCGCCGCCGCCGCCGUCGCCGCUCCGUCGAAACCCGCCACUGCCGCCGAUUCGGAUUCUGGAUCGGAGACCGAAACAGAUUCGGACUCUGAAUCGACGAAUCCACCCAAUUCUGGAUCUGGCAAAACAAUCUCUGUGAAUCUCAAGAAGAAGGAAGAUUCGACUUCGUAUGCUGCUUUAGCUUUACCGGCUGUGAAAUCAGGAGCGAAACGGCCGGCGAGUGAAGCGGCGGCUUCAGCUAAGAGGGUCAAGGUGGUUACUUCAGGAGGAGGAGGUGAAGAAGAGAGUGUAAAGAAACCAGCUUUUCAAAGACUAUGGACUGAAGAUGAUGAGAUUGCUGUGUUACAAGGUAUGAUUGAUUUCAAAGCUGAUACAGGCAAGUCUCCUUAUGAAGAUACCAAUGCGUUUUACGAUUUCAUCAAGAAAUCUAUUAGCUUUGAGGUUAGUAAGAAUCAAUUCAUGGAUAAGAUUAGGAGUUUGAGGAAGAAGUAUACAGCUAAAGGUAAGACUGGUGUUGAACCUAGUUUCUCGAAAGCUCAUGAUCAGAAAUCUUAUGAAUUGUCAAAGUUUAUUUGGGGUCCUGAUGGGUUUGCUCUUGAGUCUAACAUCAAGUCUAAUGGUGUGUCGAGAAAGAGUCAGAGUAAAUCUAAGAAGAAGAUUGAUUCCGUUAAGCAAGAGCUUGUGUUUGCUGGUUCUUCACCUAAUGGUAAAAAGGUUGAAGAUGGUGAUGAUGAGGAUGUGAUUGUUCGAGGAGGUGAUUCAAGGAAACCCGACUGGUUUGUGAACUCGGCUCUGUUUCGAAUGAUUACAACUUUAGGUGUUGAUGAGUACACGUUGAAGUAUAAGUGGAGUUUGGUUCCUGAUGAGACCAAGAAGAUUGUUGAAGGGAAGUUCAAGAAGUUGCAAGAUAUGGAGUUGGACUUUCUGUUGGAGAAGGCUGACCUUUUGCAUGAUUUGACGGCUAUGAUCAUUGAAGCUUCUAAGAAAUAAGUAAUCAGAUAAUCGAAUUGCUAUGCCAAUUCCUUUUGUUAUUUGAGUUUUAGGAUUUUACUCAUUUUCUUCUUCCCUUUGAUCUUUCUAUGUAACUUUUCCUGUUUUUUUUUCUCCCCCUGUGGUUUUAUCUUUGUUGAUCUCUCUAUUUUGAAUUUGUAGCUUAUAAUAUCUUAAAAUACCAUUGAGGUUAAUUCUGCCAAA